AUGAUCCGGGCAUGGGUCCAAUCUGUCGACUACCCAGCCCUGCUAGAAAGAAGCUGCAACUUCACAUUGAUGUGCAUAGAGGAGUUUCUCAGGAAGCUGACAGACAUCAGCACCGAAUUCUGGCAGAAACAACUCAGAGACCUCUUGACCGACGUAAUCAAGCCCGCCUCCCAGCUGGCGACCGAAAUGGAAUGCUCAGGAAACAAAUAUCAUUGGAGAUGGCAUCGUUUCGGACUCACCGCAGGCCUAAAUCUUCUGGGGAAGUUGGAUCUGAUAGAUUUUGAAACGCGCAUGCGAGUCCAACCAGAGUUGCUCUCUGCGUUGCCGGAAUCCACCCGUCUAGGUGAAUGCGUUAUGGUGGUUUUCCCGUGCGUCUACCAUGUGGACGAGGAAACGGAGGAGCAAACUGCUGUCGUUAAGGCUCGGGUUCUUACCCGAGUCAACGAUGUGAUUCCCUUGAUGUUACCCAAAACUAAGCCUGUCGGUCAGGCUCCUGUUGUUUGA